AUGACGCCCCAAGCGCCCUCCAGCGAAUUCACCGAACACCCCACCAUCCCAGGCCUCUACACCCAACCCUCCUUCAUAACCAUCCCCCACGAAACCGAACUGAUAACCCUCUUCGCCACCCUCCCCUGGCCCAACCGCCCCGGCCGGAUCUCCCUACACUACGGCUACACCUUCGACUACAAGACCUUCGGCAUCGACCCAGCAAUCCCGUACAUCCCAUUCCCAACCUGGCUGCAACCCCUAAUCCCCACAACCGAAUCCCGCCCCCCCGACCAAGUCUGCCUGCAAUAUUACCCGCCCGGCUCCGGCAUCCCCCCGCACGUCGACAGCCACCGAGGCUGGGACCAGCUGUACGCGCUCUCUCUCGGCGCGCCAGUGCUCAUGCGCCUGAGAAAUGGAAAAGGCGGAGACGAGAAGGUCGAUAUCGAUCUGGCGCCGCGCAGCAUGAUGUGUUUUUCGGGUGAGAGUCGCCUGCAUUGGACGCAUGGGAUUGGGAAGAGGAAGAAUGAUACUCUGCCUGAUGGGAUUCGGGCGCGCGGCGAUCGCUGGAGUAUUACGUUUCGCUGGGUCAGGGAGGGGGCGUGUGAGUGUGGGGAUGUUGAGCUUUGUGAUUCGGCGCAGGAGAGGCUGGGCAUUGAGAAGGAGAAGAGGUCUGUCCUUGCGGCGGCGGCGGCGGCGGCUGCUGCUGCUGCUGUGUCCGAUUGUGAGGAUGUUCGGGGUGAGGGGGCGGGUGCGUUGGGACGGGCUGCGGGUGGGGAAGUUGAGGUUCAGGGGUGA